AUGACGCACUCACUAACAGUGAAAUUUACAAAAUUUUAUUGUUUUGAAUUUGACAAACCUUUUGCCGAUAUACCAAAAUGUUAUUUGAAGGUAUUAGCACGCGAUAAGGUUGGUCUCAAUCUGCAUGUACGGCUGCAUCAGGUGCCAGUGCCUAAUGUUUCGGUUAAUGCUGCAUUUUUGAUUAAAGGUUCCACCCAGAACUAUCGUCCAUUUCUUUAUAAUACUACUUUGGAUUUUUGUAAAUUUUUAAAAAAUCCCAAUCGUUAUCCUUUCUGGAAAAUAGUAUAUUUCAUUAUAAAACCUUCUUCAAAUAUUAAUCACACAUGUCCCUAUAGUCAUGAUAUAAUAGUACAACGUCUAAUUUUAGACAGCAGCAUGUUUAAAUUUAUUCCCUUUCCAUCUGGGGAUUAUUUGGUGAUUUUAAAAGUUGCUGCCUACAAUGAUUAUAAAGCCGAAGUUCGAGCAUAUUUCAGUAUAAAAGAAUAA